AUGGCGCCUCGCUUGAUCGAGAAAGUGAGAUCCAGGGCUAGAAGCUUGAUCGAGAAAGUGAGAUCCAGGGUUAGAAGACUGCUACAAGCCCCUCAAGAAUCCGCCUCGGCUUCGUCACCAACACCUUCGCCGACACCAUCUCGGUCUCCGUCCCAACCAACCACCCGACCGACAUCCCAGCCAACGUCUUCUUCUCUACCUACCUCGACGGAUUCCAAAACCUCGUCGCUGCCGAGCCUACAAGAGCGACUUUGGAAUGAGGCCUACGAUGCGCUCAAAGCGAACGAGCUCAAACUGGUCGGGGAGUACGAGAAGAUCCUAUCAGCCAAGCUGCACGAGAACGAUCCGAGCUCUGUUCCUCGCGAAUCAACAGACAAUGAGAUAGGAGAGACUCCGGGGACACGAUGCGGCCAAAUGCAACAAUUGGUGCAGGCUGGACUAGAUCGGACGCAUAAGCAAGCGUCCAUCAAGCGAGGCAUCGAUGAAGGCUUGCAAGCAAUACAAGCAGUGAGGGGAAUAAUGGACAACGCGGUAAAGGUCGCACCAGAAGCCGCCGUCGCCUGGGUCGGCGUCUGCCUUGGGCUAGAGAUCCUUUCGAACCCCAUCACCGAGGCUCGCGAAAACCGCAAAGGCAUCGCCUACGUCCUGUCAAGAACGGAGUGGUACUGGAACUUAGUGUCCCUACUUCUCGACGAGAACAAGGCCGAGCAAUCUUCCGCCGGACUGCGAGUCCAACUGGAGAAGCACGUCGUGCAGCUCUACGAGAAACUUCUUUCAUAUCAGAUAAAGAGCGUCUGCCUUUACCACCGGCACUGGGUUGGCGUCAUUGUAACGGAUCUGUUCAAGAACGAUGACUGGGCUGGCCAGCUCAGCGAGAUCAAGGAAGCAGAGGCUGCCGUGCAAAGAGACAUGGAACAAUACAACACCGAAGAGAGCAAGACGCGACUCUGGAAACUCACCGAAACCGCUAGCGCUAUAGAGAUGAAGCUCCAAGACAUUCAUUCGGCCAUCAAAGGCGUACAUUCGGCCAUUGAAGCGCAAACGCAACACCAAGAGAAGAGACACCAAGACGAGGAGUCAAAGCAGUGCCUGAAAGACCUGCGCGAGACUGACCCUCGCGACGACAAGACGCGCAUCGAAGCUACAAAGGGCGGCCUGCUCAGGGACUCAUACCGCUGGAUCCUCGACCAUGACGACUUCCGGCGGUGGCGUGACGACCCGCAGAGCCAGCUGCUCUGGAUCAAAGGCGACCCUGGCAAAGGCAAGACAAUGUUGCUAUGCGGCAUCAUCGACGAGCUGGGGAAGGACAGGCACCUGUCCUAUUUCUUCUGCCAGGCCACCGAGGUACGACUCAGUAAUGCGACGGCCGUGCUGCGCGGCCUGAUCUAUCUGCUCGUUGUCCAACAGCCGUCGCUCAUCUCACAUGUUCGAGAGAAGCACGAUCAUGCGGGUAAGCAGCUUUUCGAGGACGGGAACGCCUGGGAAGCCUUAUCCAAGAUUCUUGCAGCCAUGCUCAAUGACCCGAUUUUGGACGGUGCUAUCCUGGUUGUCGAUGCCCUCGACGAAUGCAAAACAAAUCGACAUCAGCUGCUCGACUUGAUCGCCAAGUCCUCUCGCGUCAAGUGGAUCGUGUCUAGUCGCAACUGGCAGGACAUUGAGGGGAAACUCGGCUGUACAAAGCAGAAGGUCAGGCUUCAGCUCGAGCUAAACCAAAACUCCAUCUCCAAGGCUGUCAACACAUACAUUGGAUACAAGGUGGAUCAAUUGGCACGCGAGAAGAGAUACGACAAGGAAACAAGCCAGGCUCUCGAAAAUCACUUAGUCUCUAAUGCUGAUGGCACUUUUCUCUGGGUCGCCUUGGUCUGUCAAGAGCUUGCAGAUCCCAAGGUGGUCCGAAAACGGCAUACACUCUCCAAGUUGAAGCUGUUCCCAUCAGGACUUGAUCCACUCUACAAUCGAAUGAUGGAACAAAUCUCUGGUUCGAGUGAUGCAGAAAGUUGCAAGGAGAUACUGGCUAUCGCUUCAGUCGUAUACCGACCUAUCACAUUGGAGGAAUUGAAGGUUUUUAUUGGGUCGCUCGAGGAGGGCGACUACGAUGACCUGCCACAAAUCAUUGAUUCCUGCGGUUCUUUCCUGACUCUUCGAGAAGGUGUCAUCUACUUUGUGCAUCAAUCAGCCAAAGACUUCCUGGUUAACAAGGCAUCCGACCAAAUCCUGCCCUCUGGCGCCGCACACCAGCACCAUGCCAUCUUCUCCAAGUCGCUGGAGGCUCUCUCGGAGACUCUCAAGCGUGACGUUUAUGCAUUGGGCGUGCCGGGAUUUCCCACCGAUCAGGUCUCGCCGCCCGACCCUGACCCAUUAGCAUCAAUAGGAUAUUCCUGCGUCUUCUGGGUAGACCAUCUCGACGCCUCGCAAUCCCAGGUGAAAAUGAGUGACAAGGACCUACAGGACGCGGGGAUCGUCCAUAAGUUCCUUCAAAGCAAAUAUCUAUAUUGGUUAGAAUCUCUUAGUCUAUUGCGUAGCUUGCCUAAGGGGGUUAUGGCAGUGCAGAAGCUCGAAGCUUUAGUAAAAACCAAGGAAGCGCGACAACUAACAGGAUUCCUUCGAGACGCGCGCCGCUUUAUUCUUUCUCAUAAGCGGGCGAUCGAGAUAGCUCCAUUACAGGCCUAUGCAUCAGCACUCGUGUUCAGUCCCACCCGCAGCCUAAUCAGAGAGCUCUUCGAAAAAGAAGAGCCAAAAUGGAUCACGUUAAAGCCGAGCAUGGAAUCAGACUGGAAUGCAUGCUUGCAGACGCUUGAGGGCCAUGGCGGUUCGGUAAGGUCGAUAGUAUUCUCGGCGGAUGGCCAGCGUCUCGCGUCGGCCUCGAGCGAUGAGACGGUCAAGAUCUGGGACGCAGCCACGGGCGCGUGCGUGCAGACGCUCGAGGGCCAUGGCGAUUGGGUGAACUCGGUGGUGUUCUCAGCGAAUGGCCAGCGUCUUGCGUCGGCCUCGAGCGAUAAGACGAUCAAGAUCUGGGACGCGGCCACAGGCGCGUGCGUGCAGACGCUCGAGGGCCAUAGCAGUUCGCGUCUCGCGUCGGCCUCGUAUGAUAAGACGGUCAAGAUCUGGGACGCGGCCACGGGCGCGUGCGUGCAGACGCUCGAGGGCCAUGGCGAUUGGGUGAACUCGGUGGUGUUCUCAGCGAAUGGCCAGCGUCUCGCGUCGGCCUCGAGCGAUAAGACGGUCAAGAUCUGGGACGCGGCCACGGGCGCGUGCGUGCAGACGCUCGAGGGCCAUGGCGGUUCGGUGAACUCGGUGGUGUUCUCGGCGGAUGGCCAGCGUCUCGCGUCGGCCUCGUACGACGGGACAGUUAAGAUCUGGGACGCAGCCACGGGCGCGUGCGUGCAGACGCUCGAGGGUCAUGGCGGUUCGGUGAGGUCGGUGGUGUUCUCGGCGGAUGGCCAGCGUCUCGCGUCGGCCUCGUAUGAUAAGACGGUCAAGAUCUGGGACGCGGCUACGGGCGCGUGCGUGCAGACGCUCGAGGGCCAUAGCAGUUGGGUAAGCUCGGUAGUGUUCUCGGCGGAUAGCCAACGUCUCGCGUCGGCCUCGGACGACAGGACGGUCAAGAUCUGGGACGCGGCCACGGGCGCGUGCGUGCAAACACUCGACGUUGGGAGAAUGUUAUAUCGCCUUUCAUUCGAUCCAACGACAAACUCUCUCCUCUCUACGGACAUUGGACUUCUAAACCUGGAUCACCCGGCUCUACCGCCUGCCAUUGAUGAUCAGUCGACUGCAGUAACCUUACGGGGUGUUCGCCAUUCUGGCUGGGGUAUAAGCACCGACGGUGUAUGGAUUGUCAAAGAUGGAAAGGAGAUGCUUUGGCUACCUCCGGACUAUCGAGAGGGGGAAUCCGCUGUUGUCGGAUCAACGAUCGCUAUCGGCUCUCGUUCAGGUCGUGUGCUGGUGAUGAAAUUCUCUUAG